AUUUUAUAGACAAAAGAUUGUGAUCUCUGACAUUUAUCCAGCUAACAGUGCUGCCAAAACGACAGGAAGGGUUUGACAAUACUAAAGCCGCUUCACAGACCACAGGGACCACAGGGAAGACCACUGAGGAGCUGGUCGCGACCAGUGUCUCUAGCGCCCCUAGUGGUUGUGACCACUGGUCCCUGCCAGAGACCACUGGUCUUAGGACAGACCACAGAAUCGGCUACAACCCCCUCUUCAUUAGAACGGAGUGAGCGCUGUCUCGGACCUCUAAUGAUCUCAUUUCUAUGCCUCUCAUUCAGUCAAUAAAAACGAACCGCCUCUUUGGCAGUUGCCAUGACAACCGAGAAACGAUCCCGGCACAUUCCCUGUUGUCUCGCCCGCGGUGUCCCAAGCAACAGCUACACAAAUCCAGGAAAACAUCCGAAAAAAGACCCUUGAUCGUCCUUAUUCUGGUCGCCCGAACGUGGAAUAACUGCAGGACUUGUUUAUUCAUCAGGAUUCCUCGACAAUAUGACGACUUCUUCCCUUCCUGUUUUAGAUAACAGCGACCCCCGUCUAAAACUGACGGUGCAAAACAGAAUUAGAAACAUUUUUGUAACACAAUCGGAAGACUCCAGACACAGGAAGGAGGACAAUGUCAACCACAUACCUGUUGUGACAGAGCCUUCAAGCAGAGUCCUUGAGGCAGGAGUGAAUACUUUGCAAAAGACCCUGGUUCUGAAGAAGCAGGCUGAGUUGGACGAGGUGGACCAGCAACUCACACUCAAACGAAAAGAGUUUAACAACUAUGUGGAGGCUCUAGCUCAGAUGAGGUCUGAAUUGGAAAUAAAGCAACAGCAGACUAAAGAGAGGGCGAUGAAGUUUGAGAAGUUUGUGGCUGAAAAUGAAGUGAAGCGACGCCGAGCAUUGAAGAAGUAUGAGGUUGCACGGGAGCUGAACAUUGCGAAACAGAGAGAGAUAGAAGAUCUGACAGAACAGUUGAAACAACUUAGAGCCAGACAGCAAGUUUUAAAGGAGAGAAUGGCAAAAUACAAAAUCUAUGAGGACUACUUGAUGAAAACACUAGAUUAUCUCCCCAGCACUUACCUUGAUAAUGGGUCUGAAUCUUUGGUUAUGCCCAUCAUUCGGCGCCACGAGACCCUGUCCAUCACCCACCGGGAGCUGCUGCAGCGUUUGGGGCGUCUGGAGGAGGAAGUGGAGCAGGGGCAGCGACUACUGCAGAUCAUGAAGCAGGAGCACAGUAUUAAAAAAUUGAUGGCCAAUAAGGAACUGUCUGAACUCCAGAGUGAGUUAGAAACCCUCAAAGAGAAGAACAAGCAGGCAGAGGUUAACCUGCUGAUGGAACAAGGCCUGUCCAGAGAGAAGGUUGAGGAAGUGGGUUGCUUGCUUAUGGCCAUCAACAACCUUGCAGAGCAGUGUUAUCUAGCAGCAUAUGGACCUCUGGAAAACAUGAACAUACUGACAAGGAUGGACAUGGUGAAGGAGUACAUCCAGGACAAGGCAGACACAGAGAGGAGAGCAAGAAGACUGAUGGAGUCGGGGUCUGCCAUGACAAGUAGAACAGCUCUGACGGACAAAAGAGAGAGGGCCAUGAAGAGCAUCGGCAGUAAAACACAAAUUAAAACUUCAAGUUAAGUUGGUAGAAAGCGUGAGACAAUGAGUUGAUGUAGAACUUUACCAACAUGAUGUCACUGCUUACAGUAAUCAAAGUUAGUUGAGAGUUAAAGUUCAUUUUUGACCUUGAAAGCAGUAGUUUGACAAAAGAAAAGUAAAACAUGACAAGUAUGACAACUAAGAAUUUGAGAUGCGUGAAAAAAAAGCAAGUAAACAGUUUACAUAUUUUUGUACAUACACAUUUUGAGUUUGUGUAACAGUUUCAGUGUUAGAAACUCUUUAUGUAAAAUGAUAUGCACCCAAUUCUGCACCUAGUUUCAUACAGAUUUUAAAAAUAGGGUGAUCAAGUGUAUUCGAGCAUCAGAAGUUUGUAAAUGUGUAUCUCUGGAAUGUGGAAUCAUUGUUGCAUUUUAAAAAUAAAAUGGUUAAAAUCAAA